CGGCCACCUCCAACAAAUUCAAUAUUUUUUUUUCUUUCUUUCUUUCUUCUUCUUCUUCUUCUUCUUCCUCCUCUCGAUUUCUCCUCUCUGAACUUCUGGUGAUUUUGGUUCGAGGUUGAGAAGAUGAUUUCGAGUUCGAGAACGCAAAGAAAGGAUUGGUUUUACCUGAAUUGGAUGUUGCAGCAGUUAAAUGUGAUGAAUGGAGAGUGUUUUGGUCUGUGGUAGGGUUUGAAAUUGAAUUGAAAUCGAGAGAAAAAGGGGAGGCGAUGUUAAUGAAGAAACGAGAGCAUUCAGAAAGAGAAAUCGAGAAUAUGAAGAAGAGAGAUCGGCUACAGAUGGAGAAUGGAUUUGUGUUUGAAUUACUUGAUUUGGAAGAAGAAACCAGAGAAGAAAUUGAUGGUGAUGUCCUCAGUUGAUGAAGAAGAUGAAGAGGUUUAGAUGAAUGUUUGAACAGGGGUUAAUGGGUUCUCGAAUUCAGUGAUACUGAUUCAACGGUGUUUGCUUGGAUAGCGUUUUCAUGUCCGAAUUUCAGUCGAUGGAGAUUCAUGUAACGGAUAAGAGUCAUUGAACAAAAAACCCUAAUUUCUAUUCCUCCUCAUGUACCUCCUCGGAAGGUACUGCCUGCAAUCUAUUGUGGGCAAGAGUUUAUGAUUGGGGUUGGCUCCAAAAGUACUGGUGCUUCUCUGUAUUACAAAUCACAGAUCCGGAAUGGAUCUCCACCUUGGAGGAAUGUUGAUAAAGAUGGACACAUGUAUUUGUUAUCGGAGAGAAUUUGACUCUUUGCUAACACUAGGGAAACAACGUUCUCUUUAAGGAAGAUGCCUUUGGUUAAAGCCAAGAGGUAUUUGGAGGAUGUCUUAGCUCACAAGCAAGCCAUUCCCUUUAGACGUUUGUGUGGUGGUGUUGGUAGGACUGCUCAAGCCAAGAACCGUCACUCAAAUGGAGAAGGACGUUGGCCCGCUAAGUCCGCCAAGUUCAUCCUUGAUCUGCUUAAAAAUGCUGAGAGCAAUGCUGAUGUAAAAGGUUUGGAUGUGGAUUCACUUUACAUUUCUCAGAUCCAAGUCAACCAAGCUCAGAAGCAAAGGCGUAGGACAUACCAUGCUCACGGAAGAAAUCAACCCUUACGUAUCAUCUCGUCACAUCGAGUUGACCUUAUCAGAGAAGGAAGAAGCAGUGAAGAAAGAGGCUGACACUCAGUUGGCACCAUGGAAGUCAAAGAAAUCGCAAGUUCUUCGUAGUGGUGCCUCAUCUUAAGAAGUAGAUGAGUACUCUGAAAUGUAUUGAGUUGUCUUUGAGCCUUGAUAUUCUUACAUUAGAAACCAUUUUUGUUGCUUUUAGAUAUGUUCCGACUUUCAAUCAUAUGAAGAUUUUGGCGUAUUCUUUUGAUGUGAAUCCUGUAUUGGUAGAAUUAGAUUGGGUUUGGUAGGAAUAAUAUGCACGGAUGGAGUUGUGUUUAGGAUCUAGAAAUCAGGCUAACUCAUCAAAUUUCAUUUUGGGCAUGCUUAGCAGGUGUUUGACAGAAUUCCUGAACCAUCCAUGUAGUAAAAAUUUGCAAAAGGGAGGAGAAAUAGCAAGCCAAUGCUACCAGUUCCGUAUACCGGGUGUCGGAGAUUGAAAUGUGGAACUUAAAGUUUCAUUGAAUCAUAGAGUGGGUAUCAAUUAUAUUUGAAGAAUCGCAAAGGGAUGUAUGCGUUUCGAAUGAUGUUUUCGGUCAAGUUUCCGCCAGAAUUGUAUUCUACAUCUCUGAACAAUUUUCAACUGAAUUCAAUUUAGCUUUUCAACUGUAUACAAUUUUAGAAAUUACUUUACAUCUCUUUACAAAGAAAUUUGAUGUAUUUGUUUGAAAA